AUGUUACGACUGAAUCACAAGACAUCUACAGAGGACUUUGUACUUCUUGUUGUUCCGCAACCUCCGUGUUUGCAUCCGAUUGUCGUAUCCUCCAGCACUGCAUACAUGCUUGAAACGAGAGCCUACCAGUCCUCCGGACGUACGACACUAGUUAUGAUUGUUCGUGCCUGGUUACUUAUCAUCAGCAUGGUUGCCUUUGUGAGAGGAGCCCGCUCAUCUCGAAAUUUUCGGGAUCUGUUCAUGCUCACGAAUAUAAGAUUACAGUCACAAAAUGCAUCUAAGACGACUAGUUCAGCUAAGCCCAAUGAUGAUCUUCUUCGACAGCAGCGAGUACAGUACAGUACUAGUGCAGGCGAAAUCAUAGAUGUAGAGGCCGUUUUCCAAGAUACUUUACCCUCAGGUUCUUCUCUAGGCACUGUAGUGGCUAUACAUGGAGCACCAGGAUCUCACAAAGAUUUCAAAUAUGUGACUCCAUUACUGCAAAAGAAAGGAAUUCGUUUUAUAGGCGUCAACAUGCCAGGCUUUGGUUUUACUCCGGGUGACUCACGCCUCAAAUGCGACAACAUGGAGAGAAAUAACUUUGUGCAUGGGCUGCUCUCCAAAAUAGCAGUCACCGAGAAGGUCGUGAUAAUGGGACAUAGUAGAGGGACGGAAAACGCAGCAAAUGUAGCAGCUUGGAAUACGGAAAAACUUUCUGGUCUAGUACUAUUAAAUCCUACUGGUCUCCAGUUUCACAGAGGGAUGCGCCCUUUUUGGGCAAUCAAAUCGGUUCUGACAUUAUAUUCAUUGGGAUCGAUCGUGCAGAGAAUGAUAAACCCUAUCAUGAAGUACAUAUACAACAAUGUUCUCGGACUACGGCUAGAUAGUGGUGAGAGAGCGAUGAUGUGUUUGCGCACUAUGUACAAUCUUGAAUAUGAAAAAGCUAUGAGGCCAAGCAUAGAUGCCAUCAAUAGGGCUAAAAAUGUCCGCGUGCUUAUUCUUUAUUCUGGAAAGGACCCACUCAUCGAGGAAACGAUUCCUCAAGAGUUGGCGAGCUCAUUUCUUGACCACAAAGAAUUGGUUUACGAGGAGAAAUCCGAUGCUGGAGAGCAGUAUGUGACGGAACGAAUAAAAGAUUUCUAUGCUGGUGGAGCCAGGACAAUAUCAGUCAACUUCAAAAAGGAUGGCCACUUUCUACAGCGAGACCGUGCGCAUAUCAUUGCAGAUGGUGUAGAAGCAAUGCUCAGAAGUUGACAUCAGAUUACGUUGUCUCAGACUUUGUAACUCCUCUAGCGCUGCUUCUUCCCAAUUCAGUUUUCUGUUCCAUAUGUUGAGCUCUAUUUGGGUGAGCAGCUAAUAGCCAUGCCUUUUUGAUUUUUUUAUCAGGUUCUUCUUUUUGAUGUCCACUUUGCUCAUUCGACAGCGGGUUACCUAUGUACUUCCAUGCAUCGAUUUUAAUUAGGUAGGCUCAAAUUCGUAAUCUUCACUGCUUCAGGUGUACUUCGCAAAAAUUCCUCUCAUAUUCAGAUUUAUUUCAUACCUUUUCAAAUCUAUGUUAGCUGCGAAACUUUGAAUCAUAGACGGUUUCUCCUCGACGUCUCCAUAGUUGCCGCCAAAGUGAAUAUACCUCCUUGCAUAUGUCUCAUGUACAAAUUGCUAGUAAUCGAAUAAGGUAUGGAUAUGAAUGAACUCUGAGAAAUGGGUACAUUUCAUCGAGAAGAAAAAGUAAGGGGGACAAAUGAGAAUCAUCUAUCUUUCCGCGAAAAGACUGGAACGUUCUAUCCUGUCAUAGUUCGCGAUACCAAAUUAUAAUUAGUGCCAUCACUAUGUUGACCCAGGAGAUUCGGACUUUCUAGAACCUAAUUUGAGGAGGCUGAUUCCGAAAUUACCGUACUCAUACGCCAAGGGACCAAUUUACUGCAUUAUGUCGCAUGUGUGAAGAAAUUUUUGCAAAUCCAUGUA